AUUAUGCAUUCAGUUGCGACAAACAAAGAUUAGUGAAAAUGCAGCUAUUUGGCUAUAUUAUUGUGGCAUUUGCUUGCCUGCUUUUUACUGGAAUUCUUCAAGCCCAAAUUGCAGUUCCAGAAGUUGACGUGGCAAUCUCAGAUGCCAUCGCUUUGAAAGUUUUGAGCUUUGCAUUGAAGAUCAAGAGCCAAAUGAUCACCGACAACCCCAAAACAAUUGUAUUCUCGCCAGUUAGUAUUAUGUCCGCCUUAGCGAUUAUUAUGAUUGGCACCAGAGAUGAACGCCUAUCGAAUUUGACCGAGUUGUUUGGCCAAACCGAUUUGGAGAAGUUGCAUCAACAAUUCGGCCUAAUGUUACAGGACGUCGUCUCGUCGAUCAAGGAGAAUACGUCGCCGUUGCGCAAAACUGAUCCUUGGCAUCAUGACAGUACAGAUGAAAGUAUGCGGGCGUAUGUAAUGCAUGGAAACGGAACGCAAACAGUGCGUUUAGCUAAUGGAUUAUUUCUGCAAAAGGGCACAAGCUUAAAGCUAUCACACAGGCAAAAGAUUACAGCCAAUUAUCUUCCCGAUAUAUUGCAUGUCGAUUUCCAACGUCGUUCUGUGGAAGCCAUGAACACAAUCAAUUCAUGGAUCGAUAUGCAGACCGACGAGAAUGUAGAUGAGAUGGUACGAAACACUUUUGAUACAAACACAGAUAGAGUAAUUAUGUCCAUAUUGACCUUGAAAGCAAAGUGGGAAAUGGACUUUAUUACUGGUCUCACUAAAAAUAGGGAUUUCUAUCGCAAUCGUGAAGGGUCUGAGAAACCAAUUUCAGUGCCCAUGAUGACAGGAGCUGGAGCUUUGCCGUAUUAUUUAAAUACACAUCUGGAAUGUCACAUUAUUGGCAUUCCCUAUGAGGGCGAAAUGACCACAAUGUACUUGAUAAAACCCUUGAAAUCUUCGGUGAAAUUAUUGGAAGCAUUUCAUGAGAAACUAACUGCUGAAAGCAUUGAGGAAAUGAUUAAAAAGAUGAGACGGAGUUCAACAAGUGUGGUUCUUCCAAGGAUGAAAUUCGACAAAAUGCUGGUAUUGCGAUCGCCCAUGGAGCGAAUGGGCCUGGGCAGCAUUUUCGAUCCAUUGCAGAGCUUUAAGAAUAAAAAGGCUGCCAGUCGAGGAUCGUUUGCAACGAAGGUGCUCGAUGAUUUUACUGUUACGCAAUUUUGUCAAAAAAUCUACUUCAGAGUCGAUGAGAAGGGCACCGAAGUAGGCGACGGAACUGGAGCCGUCGAGGUUAGAACUGCUGCAGCAGCAACGUUUCGAGCCGAUGAACCUUUCAUAAUGUUGGUGCGCAAUGAUAUAACGAAGCUGCCUUUAUUCUACGGUAUAAUUCAUGAGCCAAUUACGGUAGGACUUUAAGAUACAUGGAUUAUUUAAAUACAUUGUAAUUUGUCAAUUAAAGUGGUGUUUCUCUAUUUGUAA